AUCUUUUCACUAGUUUGUUAAAUGUGGUUGUCCGGUAUCGCGCAUCGGGCACCGUUGGAUCGCAGAUUCUUUCUCAGUUGAUUCGAAUAGCACAGAGUAAGCAGAGAAGCCCCCAUGCCGUUGUAUUUAAUUUUCGAACAGCUGUUAGCGUCAACAGACGUAUCCAUAUUGUGGCAUACCGAUACUAAACUUUGCUAAGAUUUGAACUGCUUGUUCGAUCUUGCUAAGUAGAACGUCCUGGAAUUGGGAUACACAGAAGAAAAUGGCAAACCGUUCCAUUAAGGUAUUGCUGAUCGGUGAUGGGGCAGUUGGAAAAACGAGCCUUUGCACCGUCUUUGUUCAUCACUGUUUUCCAAGUGAAUACGUCCCCAGUGUGUUGGACCAAUUCUUCGCAAGUAUUAACAUUGAAGGUAAAAUGUAUGCACUGAACAUUUGGGAUACAGCCGGGCAAGAAGAUUUUGACAGACUACGCAUGUUAUCCUAUCCUAAUACAGACGUUUUUGUGGUGUGUUACGCCGUCAACUGUCGAAAUUCUUUUACCAACUUGACAGCUAAAUGGAUUCCCGAAAUAACCAAACACUAUCCGAAUGCACCGUUCAUCGUCGUCGGUACGAAAGUGGACGUGAGACAUGCAUCAGAAAGCGAGGAAGAUAUUAUUUCCUAUCGGAAUGGAUGUCAUACCGCAAAACAAAUCGGAGCUACUUACUUUGUCGAAUGUUCAGCUUUGAAUGGAACCAACGUAAUAGAAAUCUUUACAAAGGCGGCUGAAACUGCCUUGGGACUACGUAGAAAACCGUGCAUCAUUCUUUAAGACAGGCUUUGGGAGAAUUUCUAAUGUAUAGCGCUAUAGCGUACUGACGCGUUCAAAAAAUUACAUGAUUUAGGAGAAAACUAAUGUUGUAUUCGUAUUCAGCGCUCAAUAUUGAUUAUCGUAGGUGAAUUUCAUCGCAUUUCAAGAGAUUAAGGAUUUUACCGAUUUUGACAAAAGUGAGAAGGCUACUCCCUUCCUACUUUUUCAUUUUUGGCAAAAAUCUAAAAAUCAUUU